UCCCUCAGUCAGCAUUCCCGCUCAGGAGACCCUCUACCGAAGCUUGACACAUAAACAAGCACGCGAUCCACACACAGGAAGGAGCAGCCGGAAGGAACCUGCUCGCGCCCGCCGCUCCCUGUCUAGGUGAGUCACACACACUGCCUACCUGCAGAGAGGGGCGUGUCAGCGACGUCAUGUCGUGGGCGUCACGUGACCGAGAGUGGCCGCCUGUCCCCGGGGGAGAGUGCCUGUUUCAGGAGGAAAACAGUUCCUGGUCCUACUCAUCCACCGAUGAUUUAGGAUUUGAAAGUCUCAUUUAAUUACUAAGUGUCAAUCUCCCACAAAUGUCUGCAGGAGGUCCCUCUUCAGCACCAAGAUCUAAAGGCAGAAGUUCCAAUGGGAGAGGGGUACAUUAUGAUGAGGUACCAUUAGACUCUCAUUAUUCUGAAAACCUUCAGAGCUUUCAAAACUGUGAGUUGGCACUAAGCGCGGACCCCUUGCCUCCACCUCCCCUACCCCUUGCUCCUCCAUUUGGGCCUGAGUUUUAUCCAAGCGAUAGUGAAGAACCAGUCACAGCCCUUGAACUUAGACCCGUAAGGCGAUUUAUUCCAGAUUCAUGGAAGAACUUCUUUAAGGGAAAAAAGGACAACCAAUGGGAAGAACCAAUGUCCGAUAUUAACUAUAUUUCAGGUGGAGUUCAGUGCUCCCCACCACAGUCACCAUCCCUAACUUCAUCACAAAAACAUGAGAGAAGCUCAGCGGUAGACUCGAAAGCUACAGCAAGUUCUUACAGAGAUCCAUACGGUGGGUCAGGAGGAAGUUACAACUCAAAGAGAGAAGCUGAAGCCAUGCUUCCCCAUGACCCAUAUGACUCAUUGGAUCGCCCGGCUCAUACAGUGAAGACUUACAGUGAGAAAGUGGAAGAAUAUAACUUGAAAUAUUCCUACAUGAAGUCUUGGCCGGGCUUGCUGAGGAUUUUGUGUGUGGUGGAACUUUUGCUUGGGGCUGGUGUCUUUGCCUGUGUCACCGCAUACAUCCACAAAGACAAUGAAUGGUACAAUAUGUUUGGGUACUCCCAGCCUUAUGGAUACACGGCUAGCAUGCAGGGAGGUUACUACUAUAGUGGGCCCAAGACACCUUUUGUUUUUGUGGUGGCAGGUGUUGCCUGGGUAGUGACUAUAAUCCUUCUUGUUCUUGGGAUGUCCAUGUAUUACCGCACCAUUCUUCUGGAUUCCGACUGGUGGCCUUUGACUGAAUUCGGAAUUAACAUCUGUCUGUUUAUUCUAUACAUGGCUGCCGCUAUUGUUUAUGUCAACGACACCAACCGUGGGGGGCUUUGCUAUUAUCAAUUGUUUAACACCCCGAUAAAUGCAUCAUUUUGUCGUGUCGAAGGAGGCCAGACUGCUGCUAUAAUUUUCCUGUUUGUCACAAUGCUUGUGUAUCUCAUAAGCGGGAUAGUUUCCCUGAAGCUUUGGAGACAUGAAGGUGCCAGGAGGAGACGUGAAUUUAUAGAGCAAGAGAUGAAGUCAUCACAGAACCAUUCGCAGAAUCAUCCACAAAAAGCCAUGCAUGACGUGGCCAUGGGGAGUGGGCACGUUCAAGAUGGUUUAAAUCAGCAAAGAAACAUAAAGAUGCUUGAGAUGAAACCUGAGCUUCUCAGUGGAUAUAUUCCGGCAGGCCAUAUCCCAAAGCCUAUCGUGAUGCCUGACUAUGUGGCGAAAUACCAGGUAAUUAAAUCUGAUGAUGAGCGGGAUCGGUAUAAAGCCGUGUUCAACGAUCAAUUUGCUGAGUACAAAGAGCUCUCGGCUGAGGUUCAAGCUGUCCUAAAAAAAUUCAGUGACCUGGAUGCGAUAAUGUGCAAACUCCCUCGAAAUCCAGAGAACCAACACGAAUAUGAGAGGAUUUCUAAAGUUCUCCAGGAAUAUCAGAAGAAGAAGAAUGAUCCUACUUUUUUGGAAAAGAAGGAACGCUGCGAAUACCUAAAGAAUAAACUUUCCCACAUUAAACGCAGGAUUCAGGAAUAUGACAAAGUCAUGAACUGGGACAAUGGAUACAAUUAGCCUUUUUAUUGGAAAAUAGUGCCUUGUCUGUAAAUAUCACAAUAGAAUGUGAAUGUAAUAUUCGUUUUUUUUUUGUCAUCCCAUUUCAUGUGUAUUUUUUUUUAUUAUUUUUAUUUUAGCUGUUUUAAUACAUUUGUAAUCCUAAUAGUUAAAUAACCAAGUUAUUUUCAUUUAAAAAAUAAAUGAUUGUUAGAAA